CUUCCUUUCCCCAGACGUCAUGAGGUCAAAGAUUGAUGACUUCGGGAAUCACCGUGUGAAUGCCGACUGAAUAUCAAAGAAUUUCGAUUUUCUAUUUUGAUUCACCUUCUGUGUGCAAUGGGGAAUAAACAUUCAUGUGGCUGCUUUCGAAGCUGUCACAAGAAUCCAACCAGGCGGGCCCACAGGGCUCCUUCUCAAGAAAUAGAACGAUACGAGCCGGCACCUGAAGAAGUAGAUGUGGACGAAAGAUCAAAUCUCCAGCAUAUUGGUGACAGAGAGACUGGCAUAGAAGAGGAUAUGUUGGAUCCAUCAGUACACCCUAGGACUAGUACCAUUUUCCUCACGAAAGCAGAAUCAUUAGAUAUUGUACAGGAUAGGAGAAAUCAUCACAGUGACAACAGGCUGAGUAGUACAUUGAGUAAGAAGUUUAGUUCAUGUUCGACUAUCUUUAUAGAUGACAGCACAGUAUCACAACCAAAUCUUAAGUCAACGAUACGAUGUGUGGCAUUGGCAAUAUACUACCAUAUAAAGAACAGAGAUAGUAGCAGACAAAUGGACAUCUUUGAUGAAAAGCAGUACCCACUAUCAAAAAUUCCAGUACCAGAUGAUUAUGACAAACACAAUCCUGAACACAGACAUAUCUACAAGUUUAUUCGCAUGUUAUUCAAUGCAGCUCAGCUCACAGCAGAAUGUGCAAUAGUUACAUUAGUGUAUUUAGAGAGAUUAUUAACAUAUGCUGAAAUUAACAUUACGCCUAGCAACUGGAAACGAAUGGUCCUUGGUGCUAUCCUAUUAGCUUCCAAAGUAUGGGACGACCAAGCAGUCUGGAAUGUAGACUACUGUCAGAUUCUAAGAGAACUAACAGUAGAAGAUAUGAAUGAAUUAGAGCGACAGUUCCUAGAACUUCUCCAAUUCAACAUCAAUGUGUCAGCCAGUGUAUAUGCUAAGUACUACUUUGACCUCCGAGAACUUGCAGACACCCACGAACUUGCCUUCCCACUUGAACCACUCAGUACAGAACGAGCCCAGAAACUAGAGGUAUUCUCCAAACCAGCAGAGGACAAACCCAGAGACGUUCCAUCCCACACCAGUGUAAAGAGAUCACGGAGUGCCGACAGUAUCCAAGUAGUGCCUCGAUUCUCAAACGCCAUAAUCUCGUGAUGAAGGCUUGUUUCUUGCGGAGUCUGUCAUCGUGUGUUGGGGGUGCCAUCUCAUGAUCAGCUCAGUCAUCGUGCGAUGAGUGACAUCAUUACGCUCUGGUCGGCGGAAGCGGUGGAGCCGGUAUCCAGUGGAAAGCGCCCUCUAUUGAGUACAGCCAUCGGGUACUCUGGGGACUUGUCACGUAGGGUAGAACAACGCUUACAGUCCCAGCUCAUCGUGAUAGGUGAUGUCAUGUGACCAAUGUCCUGUUAUUUGUGAACCAACCAAAGCCAAAUCUUUUAUGAAUGCUUACGUUAGCUCAGAUUGGUAGGAAACUCAGAGAACAUACGUUUAGGUUUGAAAAAAAAAACCAAGGGACCAAAGAUAUCCCUCCUGCUUUAUACUCUUCAAAUCAGGGGCUUGCUUUUAUGAAACUAUCAUGGCUUGGAAUCUGAACUUCACGCUAACUUUAUCUAAACAUGUAGUCUAGCCAUUGGUCAUUAAGGAGCCAAAUAUUAAAAUCAUCAACAACGUUGGCACACUGUUCUCUAAAAGCUGCCCUUUUCCCACCAUUGAAAUAAAGUGCUUGGUAAAGAUUAGAGAAACACAGAGUAAACAUUUUUAGCUUCCCAUAAAUCUCAUCUAAGACUUAUAUACUUUACAUGAAGACCGUGAGUUAAGAAUACAGAUCCUGAAGUUCAGAGUCAUAUUAAAGCAUGCCAUAGAAAUUCUAUUUAAGAGCAUUCUAUGAAAUGUCAGGGAAGUGAGAAAUAAAUGAUUUAAUGGAAAAUGGACCUUUGAUAAAAAGUUAGCUGAGGCAUGGGUCAUUGAAAAGGUCAGGAUUUUUCCAUUCAAGGUUAGCGAUUGAUAUAGUACGCUUGAUUUUCACGAUUGAUUGUACAGUGUAGUCAAUGGAAUCAAUCGUAGAAAAAUGUUCUACGAUCAUU